CGAAUGAAAACAACACAUUAACCUACUUCUUACCACUUAAUGUACUGACAGUAAAAAAGAGAUUAGUUUCACGCCUAUCCGAUUCGGUUAAAAAAAAGCCAACAGAUAGUGGUGGGAAUUAGAGUACCACAUGGCUAACCAUUACCAAUUUCAGUUUUAUCCAAUUCAGAGUCAAGCCCUGCUCACAAAUGGUGGCAAUGGGAGUAGUACCUCACCCACAGAUACAGGCACAGCUAGAGGGAUUCAAUUCAAAAUCCAUGGAAUUGAAAUGGGUAACUAGAAGAAUCACCAAAACCUCCCAACUUGAAAACAACAACCACAACAUAUUAAGACCUCUCUUCCCGGUUCACAUUUCCACCGACCCCCGCCACAUCGACCCUCACCGUCUCCGAGACCUCUGCGCCGCUUGCAACCACUCCUGCCACCGAUUCCCCAACCUCCUCCACCCUCAUAACCGGGUCCAACCCGAACCCGAACCCGUGGAUAUCCACAAGCUCCGAAUUGCUCUGUCUCACAGUGCUGUGCUUGUCUCUGUCUUCUGCAAACCUCACCACGUUGAUGGUUUUGCUGAUUCCUCGUCUUCCAUUGAUGCUUUGGCGGAUUUCUUCACGCCGGUUACUCCUUCCCGUGAUCAAUUGGUCGGGUUUGGCCGUGCCGUUUCUGAUUUGGGUCUCACUGCUUCAAUAUACGAUGUCAUGGUUAUUCCACCCCUGCGGAGAAUGGGAAUUGGUCGGAUGAUUGUUAAAAAACUCUUGAGAAUGCUUACAAAUAGAGACAUCUAUGACAUAGCAGCACUUUGCUCAGAAGAUGAGAGGUUAUUUUUUAAGGCGUGUGGAUUUGGGAGUGACAUAUUGAGUUCUACGACCAUGAUGUACAUGAGAACUGCUUCAUCAACAACCCAGGAAGGUGAACAGAGCGUUACACGUGCAGGCCGAAAGCUACUGUUGGUUCCACCUCUCAUUGAGCAACUUACAAAUCCUCAAGGGCAAUAAUCUAAAGUGUUAAGCUUCAAGAUUGUUGUGUGACCAACUAUAAGAGGUUCCACGCUGCCAUUUUUUCUGUCAUUCUUGGCAGAUGUAAAUUCAACUAGUAAGAAAAAUGUAUAAAUGUAAAAAAUUUCACACUCCAUUGUAAAUUUGAGAAAUAUUGUGACUUCUCUGGAAGAAUACUAUUU